CCGAGGCCGCGUGAGCGUAAAUGGUCAGGGCCCCGUCGCGCGGGCGCGGAGCCCAGGCGGAAGCGGUGCGUUCUGGCAGCCGGCCGAGCAUGCGCGCUGGACGCGCGGCCCAAAAGAGAGUGACGAUGCGCGGCCGGGGGCGAGGACCAGGGCUCACGAGGGACAAGGUGGUUGCCAGCCUUCUCCACCUGUUGGCCGGCUAUUUCCGGCGCGACCGAGGUGGUUGGUAGCGUCUGCGAGGCGUCUGCAGAGCGUCACGGCCCCAGCGGCACCUCAUUCCUGCGGGACCCCCGCCGCGUCCGUACUAUAGCAGGUCGCGUCCGGCGAGUGUUAGGCUGAUGAGUUUUAGGCCUAGCGGAAGCACGCGCAUGGUCCACACGGCUUAGUGCGCGCCCACCGCGCCUGGGGGAGACCGACACUGUUCCAGAUCAGUGUGUUACGCGCGCGCUGCUCUUGUUUUCGUUACGUGAUUUCCUCCGGCGUCCUCUCUGUCUCCUCCCCCCACCUCCGGACCCGUGGAAAAGGAGGUGUAGGAGGAGCCUCCUCCCGGAGGAGCUCUCGGGCAUCCCGAAACGUCAUUCCGUUGCAGACGACGCCGCGUGCCAGACGAAGCGCCACGGUGCGAGCGAGGCAGCUACCGCUCAAGACUACGUCCUGCCUCCAAGACCGUCGCCUCCAAAAGGGGGAGGCCCGGUGCGUGACGCUCAGUGGCCACCAUGCCUCGGGCAUUCCUCAUCACGAACAAGCGCUACAAUUCGAGCAUCGACCACGACGACACCGAUCAGUACCGUCCCGCCGGUGGCGGCAGAGAGAACAGCCCCGAGCGGCGCGUGAGCACAGCCGAGGCACCUGCCGAGCACGAGGCGGAACCAUCGUCGCGCGGCCCGGAGGCGACGGCCCAGGGUUGGUGGGCCUCCUGGAAACCGGCCAGCCCGCGGUCUCCCGCUAGCCUCUCGCGCACUGUCACGCCUACCGUGUCUGAAGAGCCGCUCAGCCUGACGGUGCACGAUGCGCAACCACAGCUCUCAUCUGCAGCAGCAGCUUCGGCGAGCAUACUCGCUGCAGUACUGCAACAAGUUCGAACUCUUCAGGAGCCCGGCGGCAGCUCGCGGCUCUCGAGCAGCGGCGAGCCGUACUACGCGUGCCCCGAGUGCGGCAAACGCUACAGCACGUCGAGCAACCUGGCGCGACACCGGCAGACGCACCGCAGCGUGACGGACAAGAAGGCGCGCCAGUGCCCGCACUGUUCCAAGGUGUACGUGUCCAUGCCGGCCUUCUCCAUGCACGUGCGGACGCACGGCCAGGGUUGCCAGUGCCCCUUCUGCGGCAAGUGCUUCUCCCGGCCCUGGCUGCUGCAGGGUCACAUCCGCACGCACACCGGGGAAAAGCCGUUCAAGUGUUCCCAGUGCUCCAAGGCGUUCGCCGACAAGUCCAACCUGCGCGCCCACGUCCAGACCCACUCUCCCACCAAGCCGUUCCUGUGUCGCCGCUGCGGGAAAGCGUUCGCGCUCAAGAGCUACCUCUACAAGCACGAGGAAUCGUCGUGCAUGAGGGUCCACGCCGCGGCUCCGGCGCCAGCCGCGAUCAAGGCGGAACCCGACGUGUGAGCCCGGCGGCGCCGGCGCGCGCGUUGGACUUGCGACAAGCGCCGUCUCCCAGUGCGGUUGCCCUCCGUGGCGUCCGCAGCGGCGUCGUCUCCGCGCCCUGGCGCAGACUCUCUUCUUCGGCUGUACGGAGCCUCGUGGGUUUCUUUAUGCCGGUUCUUUCUGUAGCCACUGUGGCAGUGAUGAUGAUCUUCGGCCCGCCGAGGUCGGCACCCUUAUCAACGUCCGUCCAUUUUCGUACACAUGUUGUUGAAGUGAGACAUCAAAAAAAUAUGUAGCAUAAACACUGCUCUCCGGGGUGCUUAAAUGGGCGCCGCUUAAUCAUCGUUAACUAUGUGAACGCAUUAGCCGUAAAAGAGUUGAUUACGGUUUGUUUUCGCCAACCUAUACUUCGGAACGAACGCAUUCGUGCAAGAGAAAGUAUUCUCUGAGUUCUUCCCUCCCUCUCUCUUUUCUUUUUCGUUUAAAUGCUUAAACAUAGUGGGUGCCUUUGCACGACUUACUAUGCAUGUGAGGUCGAGUUUCUCAGCUGAUCACAAGAGUGUAGCGCUAGUCUACGAUGUGUGCCCAGCAUGUCAGCAUUGUUUUCUGCCUCUUCCAUUUAAUGAGUCAUGCACAACGAUGUUUUGACUUGUUUGGGCUCAUGAAGGGUGCUUAUAUAGCAAAUACAUAUGUAGUUAGCAUAUAUUUGCGAGCAUAGUGUCAUUAUUAGUAUCAUUUUCCCAUUCACUACCAACUGUAUCAAAUAUAUUGGGUCGGUGCAUAAAUUCAUGUCAUUGUGUUUAUUUAUUAAUGUUUUAAACACAGAUAUUAAGCAUAGAGAAAAACUCUAGAAUAUUCCUGGUGAUGUUUUUUUUUUUUUCUUCUAAAAAGCGGUGUCUAAAACCUCCGCAGAUGUGAGAGCAUCAUGAACAUAAAAAGAAGGGGGGGGGGAGGGGGGCGUGCAGUUUUAUUAUUCUAAGAAUAUUCCUAAUGCAAUAAAAUAUUCUGUAUUAAUUUAGAAACAAAACGGCAUGAACUCAUGCACCAACCUACCUAUGCAAUAUACUGAAGGGUAUUUCUUUCUAUUCACGUGAUUCUUUUCCUCAAGCGACGCAGUUUUCAUUGUCAGAUUUCCUCUGCUUAGUAUUGCUCAAAUAUAUUUACUUAUUCUUUUUUUAAUUGCUUUAGGCAUACAACAAGAGGAAAAAAAAGGCCUCAUUGUUUGGAAGUAUACGACAUAGAAGAAAGCUGUGCAUUAUUCUAUCUUUAUGCUUUACUUCCAUUCUUUAUACUUGGGAUGUGUAGUAUUGUACUCGUCUUUUUAGAGGAAAAAAAGAAGUUUUUAAAACAAUGCGCUUGCGCUCUACCACUUCGUUUUUAAAGUUUUUACCUAAAACAUCAGAUAGAAACUACAAGCAAGCGCCUCUUAAAGUGCUGAUAUGUUGGCUCAUUCUUACGCUGCAGAAGUUUGCCUAACGGCAUAAAUGAAUAUUCUGUGUACAAAUGCAGGCCGAUUUUGGCUAUAUACGAUGGCGAGGCUUGUGGGAGGGUCGAAAAUGCCAAGGAUCAUAUACUCCGGUGUUAUCGUGGGAUGAAGACCCACUGUUUGCAGUUUUUCUACAGCACCGAAAACGAAGUAAACGUAACCAUAAUGCAUAGCCGACAUCAACUUAACGUGUCGUACUUAAUUUUUCGUUUGCUCUUAAGGCGUAAGUCAGUGCCGCUACCAGUCACUUUAGUACCGACGUGAAUACUUAUAUUUUACAGCUCAAGUCAACAAAUUAGAGAAAUAGCAACGUGUAGUUCUCUUUUCCUUGCAUGCCCGACAAAAAGGCUUACAUGACGAAAAAAAACGGACCAGAAAGUGUCAAUAUUUGCAUUUUUAAAUGUUUUUCUUCAUCAGAUAAGAGUAGCACAAUGCUGAAACAAAUAAUUUUUUUUCCGGCGACUCUAAAGCUGGAAAUGGUGAUAGUGUAAGUAGCGGCAUGGAUGUCGUUACUUAAGUUCAAACGUCUGAACUGUGGACGUGGCUGCAGUGGAUUUCCCUCGGCAUAAAUAUAAAGAAAGGACCAUGCGGCCCUUAACAUAGACAAAGGGAAAAUAUUGAUUUUGGGCAUCUAACGUUACUUCAUAGAAUCUAGUUCAUGAUAAAAAAAAAUUGUUCUGGGCAGCUCUGUCCUGAAAGGAGUUGGGUUUUCGGCGGCAAGCCUAAAGAUCAUGUCUUAUGUAGCUCUAAAACGCCGGCGGAUCAUGGUUGCACAUAGAGUCGGCGAUGACGUUAUUCGCACCUGCUCCGAGCGAAAGCAGUGCAACUCACAAAACGUCCCUCUUCGUCUGUCUCAUCGCGAACAUUUAUUACGAGCAUUCCUGCAGCUUAGCAGCAAAUACACUUCGACAUUCAUUCACGACGUGCCUUACCUUUACAUCAAUUUCAUCGAAUCAGAUGUAACCUAUUUUUAGACGUGACCACCUUUUUUUCCUUGUUGCGAGAACAGAAGUUGACGUUUACUCCCUAUAUUUACCUGUGUGUAACGUGCGCGCAGCCACUGGUGCGAUGGGGCUAGAGCAAGUUCCCUCGUCAUAGGUGCCCUUGUAAGCGCCUACAUACGUGCGCAGUCCACGUUUCCGAGGGUAUUCACGCGAGAAGUUGGCUGGAAAGCACUUUUCGUCCAAGUCCUCGGGUUGUGCUCCGAUCGCUAGCGCACGGUUAGGCCGGCCUGUGCAAUAUAUUUGCCGUGUAACUCGUCGUUCCCAGUGUUUCUUUAACAUAAGCUCGUUGAGGCGCGCUUGUUGCUCCCAAGUUGACCGCAAGGGCAAGGAGAGCACGCAGCUCAGGGGCGUCCACAGGAGGGAGAGCGAUGGGGUGAGGGCACCACUGAGCUGCCCGCGCUUUCGGGCUGCGGCUCGAUGGCGAGCGUUGCUGCUGAGAGCCUCCUCUGCAGAGCAGGAUGCGGCACUCCGGUGAUUGUCAUCUUUAGUGUCGGUGUCAGGAUUGGCGCGCGUCUUCCGAUGCAUCUGGAGCUUUCUCGAGCACCGACUCCCAUCGGCCGGUUCGUCGACCGGCCGUGGAAAUUUAAAUUCGCUUCUGCUCUGCAGAGAAAACGGCGCCAUUGACGAAACUUGAGCCCUCGCUGCAGCGCGACGCUGUGUACCAUGGCACCCUUACAGCCCUCACCUCUGCGCCCCCGUUCAAAGUAUAAUGCCGUAGUUGUCUGUUGCUCUUGUGUGUUCGUCGUUCGCGCUUAGUCAGUGUCAAGAAUGGUUGGGUCCGAUUUAAGACCGCUAUAUUUAUGGCAACGCAGCUGUGUAUACAAUGCUCAGUAUUCAGCCGAUAUUUUUCCCAUCUUUUUUUUUUCUUUAAAGACCAGCAUCACCGCAAGUGCCUUAUUACGCGCCGUCCGAUGGCGGAUGAGCUCGUCUACUGUUGCUGAAUAGUUGGACGGAGAAAUGCGCCCAGUGCCUUGAAGCUAGUGUAAUACAUGACGUGGAUAUAUUUACGGCCACAACAGCAGAUACCACGGAUUAUAGAAGACGUCCGCCUUGCACUGUUUAUUUGUACAGCGCGUGUGAACGGCCCUGUUUUUCAAUCGCUUUUUCAGCGUUGGAGAGCAAUAACUCCAAGUGCCUUGACUGUAUCUCUCUUUUUUUUCUUUCUGUUUGAAUGAUUUCUAAAUAUAAUCCACAAGUGCCUUGUUUUCGUUCGUGGACGCGGGCGCCGCUUUGUGCCUGACGUCAGAGUGCGACAAACAGCUGCUCGGAUGAGCGCAUGAAGCCAAAAGCUCUAAGCAACGCUGUGUGAGUGCGGUCCGUGGGUGAUUUUGAGAUACUUUUUUCUGUUCUCCCUAAUGUGGUGCAUGAGUGUGCAUGUGCGAACGUGUUCCCGGUUGUCGAAAUGAAAUAUAUGAAAGUGUAUAAUCUCACUCGCGGCGCUUUCUUGUUGGCGUGAGCCUCGCCUGACAGAGAGGCGUUGUCAAUACUUCAGCGUUGGUGCGACGGGUUGUUGUCCAAAAAAAUAAACGAAAAGCGUAUUCCAGAAAAGCACGAAAAUUGAGGCUCUGGAUUACGACAGAGCGGACGGUGCAAAUGUAGCGCCGACCGAUAGAUCGACGAAUUUUAUCGCAGUUUAAUCGGCACCUGUCGUGCUCGGCGAAAUUCCGAAAGCUUGUAAGCGAGGUGUAACAGUCGGAUGAAGAUGCUGUAAUCUGUCAAGACGUCCGGCUGCGGCCUCACGUGCGGCACGUCGUCGUAGCAUUACUUAUUUUCGUCAGACGCGAAAGUAAAGACUUUCUGACAGUUAUAUCCGUUAGUAAUAGAAAACAGGACAAUUCAUUUCAUUUGUUGGCUUCGUUUCUUUCCCAAAUCAGUUUACUUUUCUUUCUCUAGCUUUCUUUUUUUUUCGUUUCUCUACUUCGCCCCGCCCUUCCAAAAGGGAAAUGGUGCUCAAAAUAACGUUAAAGUCCAAAUUUUGGGGCAGCACUCGGCGGAAAUGCCGAUCGUUCACCUCAGGUGCCGUGUACUGCGUCCGGUAUGAACAACUGUUCUCAGUAGUGAGCUCUGCCUUCCAUAAAUGGUAGAAAUGAAAGUGAAAAAAAAAAAAGCUUGAUUCUUAUUCCGUACUGUUAACUGCUAAACGUGAAGCUUCAACUGGAGCUUCUACUGGAAUAUGACAAUGUCUGUACCAAUGAAAGCUGCUUUUCACGGAGGUCUCUUUUUACUAUCGUCCUGUGUGCCCGAAAUAUGUACCCUGCUGCGUCCUUGAAACCAAAGAGGCUAGUCUUGUUUAGUUGCACGACCGUAUACUUACUGUACUCUAUACUGUGUAUUUAUUUCUAUUUGUAUGGCGUAUUUUGAGCUCGCAAAGAGCGACCUGAUCUGUAUCUUUCACCUUCCUGGCUUGAAAGAAAGUAAAACUAUCAUGCAUUGGUAUAA